GUGCGGGGCUAGCUGGGGGAGGGGAGGGCAGGGGGGGCUUGGAAAACAUGUCGGAUACCAAGGUAAAAGUUGCUGUGAGAGUUCGGCCCAUGAACAGGCGAGAACUGGAACUGAAUACAAAGUGCGUGGUGGAGAUGGAGGGGAAUCAGACUGUCCUGCACCCUCCCCCUUCUAACACCAAACAAGGAGAAAGAAAACCACCCAAGGUUUUUGCCUUUGAUUACUGCUUUUGGUCUAUGGAUGAAACAAACACCACAAAAUAUGCUGGUCAGGAAGAAGUUUUCAAAUGCCUUGGAGAAGGAAUUCUUGAAAAGGCCUUUCAGGGAUACAAUGCAUGUAUUUUUGCCUAUGGGCAGACAGGUUCAGGAAAAUCCUUCUCGAUGAUGGGAAAUGCUGAGCAGCUGGGCUUAAUUCCACGACUUUGUUGUGCUUUAUUUCAAAGGAUCUCUUUGGAACAAAAUGAGUCACAGAUCUUUAAAGUUGAAGUAUCAUACAUGGAAAUAUAUAAUGAGAAAGUUCGGGAUCUUUUAGACCCCAAAGGGAGCAGGCAAUCCCUUAAAGUCCGAGAGCAUAAAGUCUUGGGGCCCUAUGUAGAUGGCCUAUCUCAACUGGCUGUUACUAGCUUUGAGGAUAUUGAGUCAUUGAUGUCCGAGGGAAACAAAUCUCGAACAGUGGCAGCAACUAACAUGAAUGAGGAAAGCAGUCGCUCUCAUGCUGUCUUCAACAUUAUAGUCACCCAGACAUUGUAUGACUUGCAAUCUGGUAAUUCUGGAGAGAAAGUCAGUAAGGUCAGCCUGGUAGACUUGGCUGGAAGUGAAAGAGUGUCUAAAACAGGAGCCGCUGGGGAGCGUCUGAAAGAAGGCAGCAACAUAAACAAGUCGCUCACAACCUUGGGACUAGUUAUAUCAUCCCUGGCUGAUCAAGCAGCUGGAAAGGGUAAAAACAAAUUUGUGCCUUACCGGGACUCAGUCCUCACUUGGCUUCUCAAGGACAACUUGGGAGGCAAUAGUCAAACCUCCAUGAUAGCCACAAUUAGCCCAGCAGCAGACAACUAUGAAGAGACACUAUCUACAUUAAGAUAUGCAGACAGAGCUAAAAGAAUAGUGAAUCAUGCUGUGGUCAAUGAAGAUCCUAAUGCAAGAGUCAUCAGAGAAUUACGUGAGGAAGUGGAGAAAUUGAAAGAGCAGCUAUCACAGGCUGAGGCUAUGAAGGCUCCAGAACUGAAGGAAAAAUUAGAAGAAUCUGAAAAGCUAAUAAAAGAAUUAACCGUAACCUGGGAGGAAAAACUAAGGAAAACUGAAGAAAUUGCCCAGGAGAGGCAAAAGCAGCUUGAAAGUAUGGGAAUUUCCCUUGAGACUUCUGGCAUCAAGGUGGGGGAUGACAAAUGCUAUCUGGUGAACCUGAAUGCUGACCCUGCCCUCAAUGAACUUCUUGUCUAUUAUUUAAAGGAUCACACUAGAAUUGGUGCAGAUACUUCUCAGGAUAUACAACUCUUUGGCAUAGGAAUUCAGCCUGAGCACUGUGAGAUUGACAUUGCACCAGAUGGGGAUGUUUCUCUCACUCCAAAAGAAAGUGCAAGGUCCUGUGUGAAUGGAACACUCGUGUGUUGUGCCACUCAGUUGUGGCAUGGAGAUAGAAUAUUAUGGGGGAACAACCACUUUUUUAGAAUAAAUCUACCCAAGAGGAAACGACGAGAUUGGUUGAAAGAUUUAGAAAAAGAAACUGGUCCACCAGAACAUGAUCUGGAUGCAGCCAGUGAAGCUUCCUCAGAACCAGAUUAUAAUUAUGAGUUUGCACAAAUGGAAGUUAUUAUGAAGACACUGAAUAGUAAUGGUGGGUUCCCGAUAAAUCUCUAUUCCUGGUGGUCAUCCCGGUGGUGGUCCUACCUGAAGAUAUUCUUCCCUCUCAUGUGGCUUCAGACUGAGCUCCUACACAAACGUUGGGAUAAAGACCCAGUUCAGAAUGUGGUUCAAGUUCUGGAGAAACAAUACUUAGAGGAGAAACGGAGUGCCCUGGAGGAGCAGCGUAUGAUGUACGAACGAGAACUGGAGCAGCUAAGACAGCAGCUAUCUCCUGAGAGGCAACACCAGAACAGUGGCUCUGACCGGCUUACAUUCACUGGCCAGACAGCUCAGCAGAAGGUGACCUUAUGGGCAGAGGAAAGAGAUGAGCUUUUCCGGCAAAGCCUAGCAAAAUUACGAGAGCAGCUAGUAAAAGCCAACACCCUGGUGAGGGAAGCAAACUUCUUAGCUGAGGAAAUGAACAAGCUCACUGAUUAUCAAGUGACUCUUCAGAUCCCUGCUGCAAAUCUCAGUGCCAAUAGGAAGAGGGGUGCAAUAGUGAGUGAACCCGCAAUUCAAGUAAGGAGAAAAGGCAAAAGCACUCAAGUGUGGAACAUUGAAAAGCUGGAGAAUAAAUUAAUUGACAUGAGAGACCUCUAUCAAGAAUGGAAAGAGAAGGUUCCUGAGGUAAAGAGACUCUAUGGUAAACGAGGUGACCCCUUUUAUGAAGCCCAAGAAAACCAUAACCUAAUCGGCGUAGCUAAUGUCUUCCUGGAAUGCCUUUUCUAUGAUGUGAAACUUCAGUAUGCAGUUCCCAUCAUCAGCCAGCAGGGGGAGGUUGCAGGGCGCCUGCACAUUGAAGUGAUGCGCGUCACAGGGGUUGUCCCAGAGCGUGUGAUCGAAGGCGAUGACUCCUCAGAGAACUCUAGUGAGAGUGGGAGCCUCGAAGUCAUGGACAGCAAUGGUGAUGUCAUCCAUCGAGUCAAAAAGCUAACCUGCCGGGUAAAAAUUAAAGAAGCAACUGGGCUACCACUAAAUCUCUCUAAUUUCGUUUUCUGUCAAUACACCUUCUGGGACCAGUGUGGCUCGACAGUAGCAGCUCCAGUGGUUGAUCCAGACGUGCCCUCACCUCAAUCCAAGGAACCUCAGUUUACAGUCACAUUUUCUCACUGUGAGGACUAUGUUGUGAAUGUCACAGAAGAAUUCUUGGAGUUUAUUUCAGAAGGAGCUCUAGCAAUUGAAGUGUGGGGUCACAGGUGUACAGGAAAUGGAAGUUCCAUCUGGGAAGUUGAUUCUCUUCAUGCUACAACAAGAACACUCCAGGAUAGAUGGAAUGAAGUAACUCGAAGAAUUGAAAUGUGGAUUUCCAUACUUGAACUUAAUGAGAUGGGUGAAUAUGCUGCAGUGGAACUUCAUCAGGCGAAAGAUGUGAAUACAGGGGGUGUCUUUCAGCUGAGACAGGGUCAUUCCCGUAGAGUCCAGGUAACAGUGAAGCCUGUGCAGCACUCUGGGACAUUGCCACUUAUGGUGGAAGCCAUUCUGUCUGUCUCUAUUGGCUGUGUAACUGCGAGAUCUACCAAGCUCCAAAGGGGAUUGGAUAGCUACCAGAGAGAUGAUGAGGAUGGUGAUGAUAUGGAUAGUUAUCAGGAAGAAGAUUUAAACUUCGUGAGAGAGAGAUGGUCUGAUGCACUCAUUAAACGUAGAGAGUAUUUGGAUGAACAGAUUAAAAAAGUUAGCAAUAAAAAAGAAAAAACAGAUGAUGACCUAGAACGGGAAGCUCGACUUGUUGAGCAGUGGGUAGGCUUGACAGAAGAGAGGAAUGCUGUGCUGGUUCCUGCUCCAGGCAGUGGGAUUCCUGGCGCUCCUGCAGACUGGACCCCACCUGCUGGAAUGGAAACCCACAUACCUGUUCUUUUCCUUGAUUUAAAUGCGGAUGACCUCAGUGCCAAUGAACAGCUUGUAGGUCCUCAUGCAUCGGGUGUUAACUCUAUACUACCUAAGGAGCACGGGAGUCAGUUCUUCUAUCUGCCAAUCAUAAAGCAUAGUGAUGAUGAGGUUUCUGCCACUGCCUCUUGGGAUUCCUCUGUACAUGAUUCGGUGCACUUGAACAGGGUUACCCCACAGAAUGAAAGGAUUUACUUGAUAGUAAAGACCACAGUCCAGCUCAGUCAUCCUGCUGCUAUGGAGUUGGUAUUACGAAAAAGGAUUGCAGCCAAUGUUUACAAUAAACAGAGUUUUACACAAAGUUUGAAGAGGAGAAUAUCACUGAAAAAUAUAUUUUAUUCCUGUGGUGUAACUUAUGAAAUAGUAUCCAAUAUACCAAAGGCAACUGAGGAGAUAGAAGAUCGAGAAACUUUGGCUCUCAUGGCAGCAAGGAGUGAAAAUGAAGGUACAUCGGAUGGAGAAACAUAUAUUGAGAAGUACACACGAGGUGUACUGCAGGUGGAGAACAUUUUGAGUCUAGAGCGGCUCCGGCAGGCUGUCACUGUCAAAGAAGCACUUUCCACCAAAGCCCGCCAUAUACGGAGGAGUCUCAGUACACCAAAUGUUCAUAAUGUAUCUUCUAGUCGACAAGAUCUUUCUGGUUGCGAUGAAGAUGAUAAGGGUUGGUCUGAAAGCCAUUUAGACAUGUCAGACUGCAGUUCCAGUUACCAGGAUGUAUUGUGUUAUGGUACUUUACCCAGAGAUUCUCCUCGAAGGAUUAAAGAAGCUUGUGCUUCAGAGAAUCCUCAUGCCUUAACAGUGAGUCCUUUUAAAGCAUUCUCUCCUCAGCCACCAAAGUUUUUCAAACCUCUCAUGCCGGUAAAGGAAGAACAUAAGAAAAAGUCACCCUUGGAAACCAGACCUCUUCUCAGCCAGGAGAGCAUGCCUUCACCUCAGGUACAUAACGCUGGCUGUGUUGUACCCUCAGGAAGUAAUGGCAGCAACCUGCCAGUAGAAAACAAUAGAAUACGUGAGGAGAAGAUUGACUCUGAGGAAGAAGAACAUGAACUGGAGACUAUUAGCAAAAAGCUAGUAAGCUCACAGCCUUAUGUACCAGUGGAGUUUGCAGACUUUAGUGUUUACAAUGCUGGCCUGGAGAGCAGGGAGUGGUUUUCUUCUAAAGCCGAUUUCUUGAACUCCCGUGUCUUAGAAAAAGAGGUAUCACGUAGCCCUACCACUAGCAGUAUUACUAGUGGUUAUUUUUCCCACAGUGCCUCUAAUGCCACUCUCUCGGACAUGACCGUACCUUCUAGUGAUAGCACAGAUCAACUAGCCAAUCAGAUGAAAGAUUUGGACGCCAGUGAGCACUCAGGAUCUUCACUUGUGCAUGAUUCCAGACCAUCUUCCAACAAGGAGUUGGCAGAGCCAGAGGGAGACUUGGCAAAGGAUAAAAUAAGCACAGUGACGCUCAAAGAAAACAGUGCCUUAGUCAAAGGGAGUCCACCAUCCCAAAAUAGCAUUAAGAAAAGUUCCAAAGAGCUCUGUAGGACUGGCUCAUGUUCAGGAACAGAUUCCUGCUCCAGCAAAAACAAUCGAACACCUGUGGGAUUCUCUACUAGAGAAGCAACUAUAGAGCACAUGUCAGACAUCGUGGAAGACCAUUCUUUCACAGAGUUCAUGGGUGUCUCAGACGGGAAAGAUUUUGAUGGUAUAUCAGGACCCUUACUCUCUUCUGUUGGAGACCUUUCAAGUGUGAAAAGGAAUCCACCGAGUAAAACUGAUGCCAAGAGUAAUGCAGAUUGGUUACAAAAUCUUGACCAACCAGAGUACGAGGCAGAGAGCGAACAACUGUUAAACUCUACAGUCAACCCUUUGUGUUCAGAGUUAACAAAAGAAGCUCCUCAUGGUCAAGCAGACCCUGAUGCUUCCCACCAUGAAUAUUUUCUAAGAAAGAAUCAUUUAGACGUUUCUGAUGGGGAAGAUGGUCUUUUGACAGAGCAGGUCUACACUGUGCCUAGCUGGAUGACUGUGGGAGAGCAAGUCUGCUUUGGUAACAAGACUGGAAUCGUGAGAUACAUUGGACCAGUGGAUUUUUUAACUGGCACAUGGGUUGGUGUUGAAUUAAACGUUCAGAUGGGGAAGCAUGAUGGGACGGUGAAAGGAAAAGAGUACUUCCGGUGCAAACCACAGCAUGGCAUCUUUGUUCGUCCUGGGCGUCUUUUGAAAGCAUCCACAAAGAAAUGCAGCAACACUUCUCGACCUCAGGCAGCCUCCAGUCUCGAGAAGAGGAAAAGCUCCGUGGUUCCAGUACCAUCCCCAUCUUUUUCCAAAGCAGGAGAAGCAGCACUUUGUCACACAGGUGACGCAGCAGCCUCUACUUUUUCCAGGAAGCAGGAGAACAGAAAGUCCUGGAUUAACUAAGCGGCAGUAUUUUUUGAUAUUUGCACUUACAACACAACCCUUCCUGAUUCCCCACUGCUCUGUAGGAACCUUUAUAAAUUUAAAAAACUUUAUUCUUGUAUAUUUUUAAUCAGUCCUUACUGGAUGUGUGUUCUUUAGAACAAUGGACUUAAUUCUCUAAUUUUUUAUAAAUAAUAUAUAUUAUAUAUAUAUAUAUGAGUAUGUGUAUCUAUAGUUUGUCUGUCAAAAGGCAGACAUGGCUGCACACUAAAAUAGAUAAAGGUGAUUUGUAGAUAACUGAAAGGUACUGGACUCUUUGUUACAAAGCAAGUUGGGAGGAAAUCUUAUUUUAAACAAAUAUUUUAUUGCAGAAAAAAAGAGGAUUCACAUCCCUCUUCGUGGGAAAAGUUACAGUAAGCUGUUCUUUAUAACCAAAGAACUUGUAUUAGACAUUUGCUGUUCUGUCUUAUUUUUUCUGUAAAUACACAUUUAAUUGCAAGUUUGGUGCCAUGAUUCUCUUGGUCACCGGGCCCCAUGCUGCCUUAUCUGUCCUCUGUUAAAUAAGCACACUGAAAA